UUGCGUAGUUACAUUUCUCACAGUACUGUCGAUUAUGGAGUCCGAAAACUUCUUCGAGUGGAAAAUCGGGAUCAUGAACAUAGAGGAAAAGUACCUCACGGCGGAAGGAUACGGAGAUAAGGUCAACGCCUGUGGCACAUCCCUCCGCCAAAAGCAGACGUGGACUGUUGAGUUCCACGGGGACGAGACGGUGUACAUUCGGAGUUACGCCAGGAACUUUCUCUCGGUUGAUCGUCUGGGAACGGUGACCUGCGCAGCUGCAGAACGCGGGGAAAACGAGCAGUUUGUGGUGGAAUACGCCACAGACGGUUCCGGACGCUGGGCUUUCAGAAACAAGAAACAGAAGCAUUAUUUGGCGGGAACUCAAGAUAAAAUCGACUGCCUAGCCAAGAAGGCAUCCGAGGAGGAGCUAUCACUGUGGAACACCCCCUUCGUGCUUCACCCCCAACUGACCCUGUUUUCGCUCGCCGGGAAGAAAUUUGCGAUCGCCGAUAAGGACGGAGUGAAGGUAUCGGGUACAAAAGCGUGGGGUUCGCAUGCUUUAUUCACGCUGGUAUAUCACUGCGGGAAAUAUCGGUUCAUUACCGCCGAUAAUCGAUCUCUGUGUAAAGACGGUACAUUGGUGGACACGCACGACAAGGACACGUUAUUCGGCAUCGAGGUACAUCUCAGCGUCGAUAAGGCCCUCACUGGCCUAGCCUUCAAAGACAACGAAGGCCGAUUCCUGUCCGCGAGUUCCGCUUCCGGUCUCCUUAAAGCGCAACAGAAGCAGCUGAAAAAAGAGACUCUCUUCCGGUUCGACCUUUGUCAUCCUCAGGUCAGCAUUCUAGGAACAGAGGGCAAGAUGGCGCAUGUUGCCUUCGGAAAUGAAGUCAUGCUUAAGAAACAAAACAACGAGCCAUCAACAUCUGAAAUUUUCCAGUUGGAAUACCACGGAAAGAAAAAAAAAUGGUCCAUUGAAACCUAUGAGGGUACAUUCUGGGGAGUAGGGCAAAGGGGUAGAAUUGAUGCUAAUGCCAAAACAGUAUCAGAUGACAACCUUUUCGAGAUCACGUGGCUUUCUAACGGAAUGGCUGCCAUUAAAGGGUCUAACGGGAAACCAUUAGUGAGUACCGGAACCGGAAAUCUGGCGGCCAACCUUCCGGACGACGCUAUAGACGAAGGUUUCCAGAUCCGACUUCUGAACCGUCCCCAGAUCGUCUUCCGGUGUGACUUUGGUUACAUAGGCAUGAAAAACGCAACCGGAAGUAACAAAGACGAGUACAUCUGCACCAAGCCGUUCCCGAGCGUUAUUUCCGUUCAACAAAUGGAGGACGGGAAAUAUAGUCUGCAGAGCGAGAAUGGAAAGUAUUGGUGCAUCAAUCUGCAAGCCGGGGGAUAUCCAUCCAUUAAAGCGAACAGCGCCGAACCUGUUCCGUUCGUUCUGGAAUUUCGGGAUACCUUGGUGGUUACCAUUUUGGCGCCAAAUGAACGGUAUAUGACCUGCGACAAAGUGGGUCAUUUUCACGCAACUUCCACAGAGCCAGGGUCGAAAUGUUUGCUGUUCAUAUGACACUGAGAAAUUUGAGAUUAUUUAAAAGUCCACUUUCAAAUUAAUUUUGCAUGUUUAAAUCGAAUAUAACACUUUAUUUGUAAUUUUAAGCUGUUUGUUCAGAUUAAAAAUUGUGACCUUAAAGUCAGCUUUACUCGUUUGCUGUUUAUUUGACACUGAGAAAUUUGAGAUGAAUUAAAAGUCCUCAUUUUUUCAAAUCACUUUCGCAUCUAUAUAUAUCCAAUAUCGCACUUUAACUAUAAAAGCUGGUUGAUUCAGAUUAAAACUGCUACUCUUUAAUCAUCUUUACUUAUUCUUAGAAAUUUAUAUUACAAAUAAAUACUUGUUCAUGAAAAAAAGGAAAAUUAAUAAUAUUAUUGUAUUCAAUAACUGAUAUCGUCAUCAUAUUAUUAUUAUAAGUAUUACAUUGUUAUAGAAGUCUGUACUAUGGAGUUUUAAAUUUUU